AUGUCAGUGAAUGUGAUGGCUGGCUGGUGUUACCAGAAGUUGGCUUCUGAUAAAGUAGUCAGAUUUGUGAAAUCUGGAGAGGAUGUUAAUAAGGCAUCUCGGUAUUUGGAGAGGCUGGAAACAGACAGGGUAUUUGCUGUUGAAACAGCUCCCUGCGAAGGCAGCAUUGGCAGUUUCCUGGGUUACUACCCCCAGCCUCCCUCCCUGAGCGCGUGGCAGGGCUGUGGGGCUGCUUGCAGUGCGUCCGUGUUUCCCUGUUCCUCUCCUGCCCGCGCCACAGCCUGGGAGCCGGGCAGACGCCACCCAGGCUCCUUCGGCAGAGCUUUCCGCUCGGCCUCCCCACGGCAGCGCAGGGAUCUCUGGUCUCGCUCCUCCGGCCCAUACCAGCCUCCUCUGACUAGAGACGACUUCCUGGGUCAAGUGGAUGUGCCACUUAGUCACCUUCCGACUGAAGACCCAACCAUGGAAAGGCCAUACACAUUUAAGGAUUUCCUUCUCAGACCAAGAAGCCACAAAUCUCGUGUAAAGGGUUUCUUGAGGCUGAAGAUGGCUUAUAUGCCUAAAAACGGUGGCCAAGAGGAAGAAAACAAUGAUCAAAGGGAUGAAUCUGAGCAUGGAUGGGAUGUGGUUGAUUCCAGUGACUCCGCAUCUCAACGUCAGGAGGAGUUACCACCUCCUCCGCUGCCUCCGGGAUGGGAAGAAAAGGUGGACAACCUGGGGCGGACUUACUAUGUCAACCAUAACAACAGGACUACUCAGUGGCAUCGACCAAGUUUAAUUGAUGUGGGAUCUGAUUCAGAUAACAAUAUCAGACAAAUAAACCAAGAAGCAGCCCAUAGACGGUUCCGCUCUCGGAGACACAUUAGUGAGGAUUUGGAACCAGAACCUGUGGAGAGUGGAGACAUUCCUGAGCCUUGGGAAACCAUUUCAGAGGAGGCAAGUGCAAGUGGAGAUUCCUUAAGCUUGUCAUUGCCACCUCCUCCUGCAUCUCCAGUAUCCCGAACCAGUCCUCAGGAGCUAUCUGAGGAACUGAGCAGAAGACUUCAGGUCACUCCUGAUUCCAAUGGGGAACAACUCAGUUCUUUGAUU